CACCGUGGAGCAGGGCUUCCCUUUCGCUUUCUGUGGCAGCACACUCGCGGGGGAGGGGGCAACUCAUUCGCCCCACCCAGGUUUUGGCUUCUCUGUUUCCCUCUCCCAGUCUACGGGGCGGGGGAGGAACCGGGGCUGUGAAGCAGCGGUCGAUUGGCCGAAGCGGAGGGGGGGCGCUGGUCCGUCGGGGGGGGGGAAGGAGGGAUGGCCAUCGGACCGAAGUCCCGCCUGGAUAGGCUCAGCGUCGUGGGCGUACUUGUGCCCCCGGCCGAAAGAGAGGCACCAGGCAGCCGGAGGGAGCUGUUUCUCUAGGGGCAGUGGCUUUGUAUGGGGAUCGUCUCUUCAGGAAUCUGUGAAGUUUACAGAUCACUCUGCACACAUAAUCCAUCAUGGCAGCGCCUGUUAGCAGGCAUCCACUCACCUGCUGCCCGCCACGUCCCUCACCUUGCUGUGUCACUGCCGCAUCACCAGCCAUCCCAUUAAAGUGCUACUGAAACUCAAUGGAGGACUUCACUCGCCUGGGUUACUGCACUGUGGCUGGCAGCUUCGUAGUCUUCCAGUUCUCCUUUUCUGCCCUCAGCCCCCAGCUGUCCUUGUCCUUGAGCCCCAGCUACUCCAGCCUUCCUUCGGUCAAGCAGAGUGAAUGGAAUUCCAGAUGUGUGUCUACUCUUCAUGCGGUGAUAGUCGGCCUCUUUUGCCUCUACAUCCUUUGGUAUGAUGAUGCUAUAAAUGCCAACCCCAUCUGGGGAGAUCCUAGGUUGGUCAAACUGAACGUAGCUGUCACUUGUGGCUAUCUGCUCUAUGAUCUGUUGCUGCUAGUGCGCUACUGGAAGACAUUGGGGGAUUCUCUUUUCGUUUGCCACCACUUGGUGGCACUAUAUGCUUAUGGAUAUGUAUUGAGUCGUGGGGUGCUUCCCUAUUUUGCCAACUUCCGUCUCCUUUCGGAAUUCUCUACACCCUUUGUGAAUUUGCGGUGGUUCCUGGAUGCAGCUGGCUGGCCACGUACUUCAAGGCUUGUUUUGGCCAAUGGCUUGGCAAUGACUGUAGUGUUCUUUAUGGUGCGCAUUGCUGUCAUCCCCAGCUAUUAUAUGCAGGUGUACUCUUGGUACGGAACUCCUGAAUAUGAACGUUUGGGCCUGGGUGUACAACUGGCCUGGAUUGGGCCAAGCAUUGCCUUGGAAAUGCUCAAUUUGGUCUGGAUGUACCGCAUUGUCCGUGGCUUCUACCGAGCUUUAUACCGGUCUAAGAUCUACAAGGCAGCAUGAAGAAAGAAAAGUGGUGAUACUUGACCUGGAAGACCCAUGUUCUGCUGGACAAAGAUGGAUUUCCUUUUCUAAUCCCCUUAGAAGCCAUUAGCCCUAGGAAUUGCUCCUGACUAUGUCCUUGGGGAAAGAAUCCCAGAAUCAUUAAAAAGGGAGCAUAUAGUUUUCCAUUCAGUCAAAGAAAGGUCUUGGCCAAAUUGACUAGAUUCAGCGAUUUGCCAUCUUCUAGAGAUGAGGCUAUAGAUGCACUUCACAGGGCUGAAAACAGGCAGUUUUAAAAUGGAGGUAUAUUUAGUCUAGGGAUUCCUUUGGCACAAAUGGGAAUGCUUGGGAGACACAGUGGUCAACAGUUUCCUGGAUUGGGGGACUCUGCUGAUACUCCAUAGGACUUUUGAAUGAGACUUCACCACUGAACAGGUGGUGUUUCUAAUAGAUUCAGGAAUUUAAUCUCUUUCAGCUAUCAGUCUGUCCAGGAUGAUGAUCAGGUACCAUUUCCUCCUUGGAAGAAAAGACUGGCUCUGGGGGAAGAAGAGAUAGGAAAUAUAUAUAUGAAAGUUAUCUUUCCUUGAUUGCCAGUUUGCUAGGGACUUUUGGGCCAUGUUUAGUGGUAAAGUGGAUGGAAAAUAGUGGAGGGGUGAGGGAAGAAAUAGUGCCCAGUUAUGACUACAAACGGUGGGAUUUCCCAGGACCCAGUGGCCGGAUUUCAGGACCUUGGUUAGAAGGACAGCAGUACUGUAAAUAGCAUCCUUGUUUUACUAAAUCAACUGAAACUUGGCAUUCCAUCGAAGAAACCUGCUGAUACUAUAGCGGUUACACUCCUAAAGACCAGAAAACAAUAGUUUUAAUAAGGCUAGCAUCAAGGCACACUUGCCUUUGCUCAGUGGUUUGGAUAAAUCAAAACCAUAGCGAUAUCUGUUGCCUCUGAAUGUGCCAGGAAUUUAACUCCCAAAAUCCCUAUCCACUAUGGCUGUAUUCCAUUCUGGUGUCAUUCCUUCUUGUGCUCGCUGUUCUUGUAUAUGACAAUCACAUCUUCCCAACAAUAGUUUACAGUGAAAGUUUCUUCACUCCCAAAUGUAUGCCUCAGUGAAUGCAGCCUUGUGGAAGGGUAUAGGCACUACCACACUAGGCUGAACUUGUUUAAUUUCAUUGUUCUCAAGAGUCUAAACAAGUAGCUGGUGCAAGAUUCCAUUUCUUUUAAAACCAUUGACAGAAGCUUCUUGUUUUCCCCUCAAUGUUUCUAUGUCUUUCUUCUGUUAUAGUUGUUUUUCAUCCUGAUACAUGCAAACACAGCUACCAGUACAGAGACAGGAUAUCAUGAUGUUGGCUUUGUAUUAGAGCUGACAAAAGUGUAACAGUAAGAUAAGGCAAAUCUUAAUAGAAUUCAUUUAUGAAUUUUGAAAUCUGUGAAUUCCAACAGAUGUCAGGGUCAGAGGACUAAUUGAAACUUAGAUAGCAUCAACACAAACCUAGAAGAACAACAGCAUUGUAGAAAAUUCCACAAACCUACUAAUGCCUCAUUUACUAAUCUGGAAUAGCACACCAUGCUGAUGUAGAAGGAGUAUGCCUAUGUGUUGCAUGGCUAGCAAUUGCUAAUUUUUAAGAAAGAGUAAAUCUAUCUAAAGUCAUCCUUAAUAACAACAACAUUUAAAGAAAAUGUACAUUAUUCUAUUGGCUGUGACUAAUGGAUUCAAGUCUUCCUACCUUUUUCUUUAUUUAAAGUACAUUAGUAAAAUAGGAGGUGGCCAUCUGUGAAAACCAGCUGUACUGUGAUUGGUAGAUAGUUUCCCACCAGCUGUCAUUCAGAAAAGGGGAGGGCAGGAAGGCCAGAGGGUUUAAUCCAGGGAUAUCAAACUGUUGGCCCGCGGGCUGGAUGCAUCAUGCCAGCCACUCCAUUGCAGGCAAUAGGAAAAAAGUCACGAUAUAUCAUGACACAUGAUGUCGUGAGUUUGACACCCGUUUUUUAAUCAAUGGGUUUGCCUAACAUGCUCUGCACACCUAGAAUCAGGACACCAUCAUAGGGUGUCAAUGCUAUAGAGGCAUCUAUAUAGGUCAACAGAAAACUUUAUGGUUGCAUCAUUUUUGCCAGCUCAAGGAUGAGUGGAUAGUAUUUUAACCAAAAUAUGAGGAAAGGCCCUAGAUUCAGAGACCAUGAGUUGCUUGCUUAACACAUUGGUUUUAAAGUAGCACUUGAGAGAUAAAUUUGGCUUAAUAUAUAGUGUGAACAUAGUCAAUGAGAGACUUCACACCCAAGGCAUUCCAGAGAGAGGCUUGAUUACAGAGCUCUAGAAGCAUUUAAUUCUGGUUGCAUGAGAUGCCUAGAACAUGUUUGGCUUUGUUGAAUGUAGUUUUUUCUCUGAUUUUAGAUUACUCAAUACUUCAUGCUCCUUCAGUACAGUAUGUUGAUUCUUUGUGAUGAAAGCCUUUGACUAUUCAUUCUUAAAACUUCCUUAUUUAGAUACCAGAUUAGAACUUCUUAGCCCUUGGGUUAAAUCCAAGUAUACAGUACCAGGCCUAUUCUGUCUUCAGAAUUAAAAGUCUCCAGGAGACUUGGUUCCACAAGAUCCAUUGACCUCCUAGUUGAUUUCAAAGGAGAAUUUUCAGAUGGAUUGGGCUCCACAGUUUUGAAAAACCAAAACUGACUCCAAGUGCUAAAUGUCUUAACUUGGUAAACAAAUGCAAGCACUCUAAGAUUGUUUCUUAAAUUUAUAGUAUUUAAAAGUAUUUGGUGCUGGGAGAAUGAGCUGUGAUCUUUAAACAGAAGCUGAGCAGCUUUGUUCCUAAAUAUGUGCCUUAAAACAACUUUGCCAGACAGUUAUCAACCUCAAAUAGACUGCCUCAUUUUGUUGCCUUCCAGUUGUAUUAGACUGCAGUUCUCAGCAGCAGAGUUCCCAGCAGCAUGAGAACCCCCUCCCUCCCUCCCUUGCUUGUAAUUGUGGGAGCUAUAGUCUCAACAUGUUGGGAAGCUAUCAAGUAGGGAAAAUUGUCCUAAAAACUUGAAAAGGCCCUCUCAGUUUUUAGAUUUCUGCAGCCAUUAUUCUAUUCAGAUGGGCUAUACCUUGUAUAUAGCAGUGAAAAAUUAUUGAUUUUUUCCCUGCAAUUUUGAAUAAUUAAAUUCUCACAAUGCAGUGUUUGUAAUUUUAUAACUGGAAUCAAUGAGUGUUAAUUUAAAUAAUAUAAAUAAAUAGUAUUAAUUUAUUAAACCCCUCUGUUUUGAUCUUA